AUGACUGGUCGCAGAGCUACUUCUCUCCGUUCGGGCUCCCGUGCUCAGAGUACUCGUCCAACUCGAGCAGCCGCUACUGCGAACGCUGCAACUGCUACUCAGGCUGAUCAGUCAAACCCCGACCUGGGCAAUCCAUCUCUUCCAGACGUCCGCACCCAGCAGUCCUUCGCUUACGGUUCCACCAAAACUCCCGCACUUCCUCGCCAGCUUGAAGUUGAUCCUUCUAUGGGAUUGUCCGAGAUGGUCGAUACCCUCGAUGACGGCUUGCGUCAAGCUCAAGACCGCGAACUAGCUCGCGUUGAAGAUCCAAGAAAUCCCAGUCCCGAAAGGCGCCAGACUCGCUCAAUGAGUCUAUCUAUGCGCUCCAGUAUGUCUCCAGCACCUGAACCUGCCUCCCGCAGAACACCAUCUCGCAGAACCACAGCAACACGCGGCAGAGCAGGUUCUCGUAGAGCUGCCUCACGCCAGCCGACGCCGGAAGGGCAACUCCUUGAAUCUCUCCGUGAAGUAUCUGAAGAAACGGAAAAUGUUAAGCAAGAAGAAGAAGAGGCAUAUACCUCCACCCUCCCUGAUACCCCAUCAUUCAACGAUUCCGCAAGCAUCAGCUGGACAACUGAACGUGCCAUUCAUGGCACCUUGCCGCGGGAAGUCAAUACUGGAACUCGCCCAAACUAUUACCUUCGCGACCCUUACGGUUCCCGACCUUCCAGCUCGCAGGGACCUAGCGGUCUAAGCUUUCCCCCUACUCGUCGUCCUAUAUUUGAAGAAUCAUUUCCCGCCAAUCCUCAUCUCUCAGGCCCAGUUGAUGCUUCACGCGCUGCCGCACCCACAGCUGUCAGAAGGACGCUCCCACCUGUUCCAGCGUUUAACCAGCUACGUGAUGAGCCUCGUUCCAAAUCAACAACUUCUUCUACGUCGUCCGCUUCGAACCACACCCCGAGUUCCUCUACACACUCCUCUCCUGUCUUCGUCGCCGCCACCCCUGCAGCUGCCAAUGUCACCUCCAGCCAAAAACGUCUUGCAGGAAUUGCCAAAACUCCAUCAGCCAUUCUAGUCAUAAUCGGUCUUUUCCUCACGACAUUCCUCGCUUAUUUCUGCAGAAACCACGCCUGCGCGUUUCCACACAGUCUACAAACAACGAUGUCCCACUACUUAUGUAGGCCGACUUCCUCAUUUAUAAUGGAUAACUCAACCUCCAUGUACGCUGACGCAUUCCACAAGCUCUCCUCUCACGUCGACCAGCGACUGUCGGACAUGGCCAAGGACGUCGCCACUCUGAAGAAUGAGUGGAACAGAAGACUACCACACCUCAAGGAAGCGCUAAGCAGGUCUCCUGCGGCAGCGACGGAUCCUCUGGCACCACCAAAAGUCAAUUACGCCUCGGUUGGCAUGGGGGCAGUGGUCGACCCGUACCUCACCAGCCCAACGAUGUCAACAUCGGCUGGGCUUGUUAGUCGGAUUGGUCAGUACCUUGCAAAGGUGCCCCGCGGGUCCCCACCGGUUGCCGCACUCCAGCCAUGGGACGGCGUCGGAGAAUGCUGGUGCGCUGCAACACGGUCCAAUGUUUCUCAACUGACUAUUCUUCUCGGACGACCGAUCGUCCCUGAAGAGGUGGUCGUCGAGCACAUCCCCAAAGGUGCAACCUUGGACCCUGGCAGCGCGCCACGAGAGAUGGAGCUGUGGGCCCAGUACACAGCCCGUCAGCCCGCAGCUGCAGCAGCAGCCUACCCGCCAGGCUCCAGCUCGUCAAAUCCUCCCUCAUCCCCUUCCUCCGCCCCGGGCCGUCCCCCCCCACCACCCUAUACUCCUCCCUAUCUCCGUUCCCCGCCAAUAGCCCACCUCCACCCCUCCCAUUCCCUCCACUACCUCCUCCCCUCCCGGCUACGGGACGCCAUCCUCACCACCCUCCGGCAGGUGUAUCCGGACGAGCCGACGACAGCGUAUUCGGAAGACGCGCUCCUCGGACCCUCAUUCUUCCGCGUUGGCCGGUGGCAAUACAACAUCCAUGGCGACCAUCACAUCCAGCGCUUCGAGUUGGAUGCUGUCAUCGACAUGCCGGCCGCGCGUGUGGAGAAGGUCGUGUUCCGCGUUAAGUCCAACUGGGGCGCGGCGCAUACGUGUCUCUAUCGCGUGAGGCUGCAUGGACAUCUAUAG